UGCAGUGGCUGUUUGGCUGUAGUGUAUCCUAAACUCUGAUACCAUCAUCCCGUGAAGGACAGAGAUAGCAUUCAUCGAGCGCCUUCUAGUGCUCUUAUGACGCGGGACUCGUAAGCGAUGGAGCUGUACGAAAAACUGUUUUAUAAGGGCUGCGACAGAUUUUCGCGCUGUAAGCAUUCCGUUUGGCUUGGUAUCUUCACUUCCAGGAAAGGGUGUUGAUGUCUCAGCUUCAUAUUUGCAAGUUCGGUCGGGGGUCCGCGACCACCCCACCAACAACCACGCCACGACAACAAGACCACCUCACGUUGACGGCAGAAGCAGGCGGAGAACUUGGUAUGACGGAUCAAAAAGCCAGACAACCAGCAACAACCCCUCCGCCGGUACCAUCGACGCCCGCACGAACAGACAGGAGAUUGGGAGUGGACGAUCUCAAUCGUACAGGCUGUCCCUGCACACUUACGAAGAAACACGACUCCGUUGAUCAUCGGAGUUAUGUUAGGCGUUGCCGUGGGUGUCAGCCAGGCGAUGGUUUCCAGAAGACAAAGAAGGCAGCAAACUACAGGUCCGCCCACAAUAGCUUCCCAGAGACGAAAGGCAAGAUUUGUACUCCAUCAUGUCAGCGCGUGUCUUGGAGGAUUGGCCGGCCUUAUGCGUUGAAGGGUCGGUAAUCGCCAAUACUGAAUCGCCGCGAAUACAAGUCUUGGGGGUGGGCGAUCUAGACGACAAGCGCCUCUGGCGA